UUCACUGUAUUUUUGUCCAACAAUUCCAUGACAUGAAGCUCUCCACUGUCCUGUGUUGUUACCUUCUUCUCCUUGGUCUCUUUGCUCCAGAAAUCAUAUCAGAUAGCCCUCCUCUUCAGGAUGUAUGCCCUAUGGCACCCCAGGGUGAGAGGAAACUCUUCAUGAAUGGUUUCUUCUGCAAGAGCCCAAGCACCAUAAUGGCCUCUGAUUUCAAGACAUUGCUGCUCAACCAUGCCGGGGACCUGGACAACAUGGUCCGGUCAUCGGCGAACAUCAUCACCGCCACCGAGUUCCCUGGCCUGAACACCCUUGGCAUUUCAAUGGCGCGGACCGACAUCGCGGUCAGCGGGGCGGUGCUUCCCCAUUCCCACCCAAGAGCUUCAGAGAUGAUGUUUGUUCACAGUGGAAGUGUGGUGGCAGGCUUCUUUGACACCAAGGGGAAGCUGUUUCAGAAGACCCUUGCUGAGGGGGAUGUCUUCAUCUUCCCCAGAGGUCUGGUCCAUUUCAUCAUGAACUAUGGUUUUGGCCUUGCGACAACUUUUUCGGUACUCAACAGUCAGAACCCUGGUGUUGUUGGGAUCACCCAUGCGAUGUUUGCGCCAGAUUCAGAGGUAGCUGAAGGGCUGAUGGCCAGGAUGUUGAGUUUCAGAGAUAUGGGAAUGGAUGACAGUAGUAGUGUUGAUUCACCAUGGUUUUACUGAUCAUAUUGGGUUAUUCAAUAUAGUAGUAGAUACAACAUGGAUGAAAUUGCUAGAUGGAUGAUGUUUUCUAGUUUCUAUCUGACGAUUUCAGUCAGUUUGGUGUAUAACAGUGUUUGUACUAUGUGAUGCAGUUGAUUCAUUUCUCUAGCUGUUGUGGUCCUGAGUAUGAAAGAUCAGCAUCUCACCACACAAGGAUUAAGACCAAAAUUUUUUAUAUAUUAUCCCCCUACAGGUGGCUAAAACAUAGAUCUUAUGCCUUA